AUGUUUAUUCUUCUUAGUCUCGUUGCAAUAUCCUUUGCUCAAAAUAAAUGCUCAACAGCUAUUUCUAUUACUCCAUAUUUUGAUGUAUAUGAUUCAGGAACAUUUACAUUAACAGAUAAUAAUCCAUCUACAUGGAAUUGUUAUUCAUCUGGUAAUGUUAAUCAAAAUGCUUAUGUCUUUAAAUUUACUAGUGAUUCUGAUGCAUCAUAUAUUGCAAGUACUUGUUAUCCAGAAACAGUUAUUGCACCAAGAAUUAUUGUUGGAACAAAAUGUGAGAAUGAUGUUACUACAGAAUGUAUUGGAGCAGAAGAUAUUUCUCAAAAUGUAUGUGAAGGACAUAGAUCAAAAGUUAGAUUUAAUGUUCUUAAAAACCAAGAAGUCUUUGUAAUGGUUACUGGUGUUACAAAGAAUGAAACUGGUGCAUUUAGAUUAACUGUUAAUAAGGAAACAAAACCAAAUAAUUCAUAUUGUCAAACUGCUAUUAAAUUAGCACUUCCAACUACUAUUACUCAAGACAUUGAUACAAAUCAUACUAAACCAGAUUCUUAUAAAUUUGGUCAUGGCUUUUGGUAUCAAUUUACAGCAAAGAAAGAUAAAGUUUAUAUUAAUACAUGCAACAAAUUUACUACUGUUAGUACUUCUAUUUCUAUACUUUCUGUUGAAGGAGCAAAUAUUACAGGUAAUUGUAAAGGGGAUGAACCAUUAAUUCAAGUGAGUAAGAAUUGUGGAAUAAAAUCAAGACUUGCAUAUAAUGUUGUAGUUGGAAACAAAUAUUUUGUUUUUGUUGGUUUUAAACAACAUGAUAUUUAUAAUCCAGAACCUGGAACUAUUCAAACAUAUUUCUCAUAUGAGGCUGAUGCAUCAACAUGUUCUCGUUCAUAUGCAAUUACUUCAUUCCCAGCUAUUCUUGAAGUUGAAGUUGCAGGAUUAAAUAAAGACAAAACAGGAUGUGGUAAAAAUAAUUAUGGAUUUUAUACAUCAGUUCAAGGAGAUGAUAAUAUGUAUGCAAUUCAUACCUGUGCUUCAAUAAAUAAACAUACUGAUAUAGAAGUUUAUGUUGAUGAUUGUAAUGUUUGUUAUUCAGGUGGAUAUAGAAAAUGUGGGAUAAAUUCAUAUAUUGUUAUGAAGCUAGAAAAGAAUCAUCAUUAUUAUAUUAGAGCAUCAUCAAUUGAUGAAAAUGCAACUGUUGUUUUGAAUAUUUUAAGAGUAGAUGAUGUUAGUAAUUUCCAAUGCUCUAAUGCUCAUUCAGUUUUACUUAGAAAUAAAGGAGAUAUUUUUUCUUCAAAUGUUAUUGCAUCAAAUAGAAUUCCAACUACAACAGGAUGUUUAGGUCCAGUUAUAAGGCAAGGUGCUUGGUAUAAGAUUGAGAGUCUUCAACAAAAAACAAAUGUUGUAGUAGGUGUUAUUCCAACUAAUGUAAAUAAAUAUACUAGUUAUUUAGAAGUGAAAGAUCUCUGUGAAGAACCAACACAAUGUAAUUCAUUUACAGGAUUAUAUUCAUUUACAAUUAAUAAAGGAGAAAGUAAGUACAAUUUUGCUACAGCACAUAAAACUAUUAAUGAAGUUAAUGACUUACCUGACUAUGGUGCUUUUUUGUUUUAUGCUUCUUAUGGAAUUGAAACUAGAGGUUCUUCAAUUGAAAAAAGAAUCAUGAUUGAUAGUCUUCCAUAUACUGGAGUUGCUUUACUUGGUGGAGCACGUUCUAAAUGGAGUUGUGAUCAAGAAAAAGAAUCAAUUGGUAUUUGGUAUGGAAUUAAAACAUAUGGUGGCAUUACUUAUGUUGCUACAUCCUGUGGUGAGGAAACUAAUUCAAAUAUUGGUGUUACUGCAUCUGGUGACUAUUAUUAUCCAUAUUGGACAUGUUUCUCUCCAGACACUGAAUCAACAUGUGGGUUUGGAAGUACAAUCCAAUUAGAAUUAUAUAAAACUAUUCCUGCUAUUAAUACUUCAAUUCUUUUCCAUGCAAAAGAUGUCAAUGCUCAAAAAGCAUUUACUAGAGUUAGUAUUUAUGAACAAAAUGUUAGACCAAAGAAUUCAAUGUGUUCUAACGCUGAAGAAAUUCAUGUCCCAGCAAUCAAAUAUUUCAAUACAAUGUUCUCUACUUCAUCACGAAGAAUUUGUGGAUCAACUGAAGAUGGAAUAAAAGGUGUAUGGUAUCAUAUCACAGCUCCAGAAGAUAAAACUCUUCAGGCAUUAACUGAUGACUCAUCAACAUUCUAUUCCCAUAUUGAUAUGUAUAAAGAAUGUACUACUAACUUAGAAGAGUCAUGGCCAAAAGAAUGUGUUGCCUUUGGAGAUUAUACCACUUCUCCUGUUGGUCGAAAAGGAACUAUUGUUUCUUAUCCAAUGAAAAAAGGUGAGUCUGUCUAUUGA